AUGGCCAACGAUGUCGAGUUCAGAAGUUUCGUCAGCAAAGUAUACCUUACGCGUAGCAUCAACGCAAACAGUCCCAGCUUCCUGGAACGCAACUUGCGGCACGCACUGGAUUCGCACGAGCGCGAGCUAGCACGUGAAAGAGCGACUGCAAAUUCGAAUGCACCUGCAGCAAUGCUUGAGCCUAGGCGGACGCGCAGCCACGCUUGGGAUCCUCCCUCCGACAGAAUUAUGGAUGAGUUGAUGCAGGCCAAUAAGGCCAAGGUUCGCAUCAAGUCGAUCUCUUUACAGGACCCGGCGAGAGCUGCAGCAAGUUCGGGCAGACAGGUCAAGAAGUCACAAUCAAGGGACCAACCUGAGUGGCUUCAAGAACCAGAUCAACUUAGGGUACCCUGCCAAGUUGUGGUCACGGUCAACGAUGUAAGGUCACAGAAAAGGACGAUUUCGACAGCUGCCAGGCAAGGGACGAUCACAAAGCACGGCCGGUCCACGUUCGACAUUACAUUUAAAGAUUGUUUCGUUAUCUCGGCUGACGACCUGAAGAGCCAUACAUCCUCGUUCACAGAGGCUGGCCACUGGACAAAAGCUCUCCACAAAAAUCAUAGCAUGGAGUUCGGCAUUCAUUGCCAGGACUCGGACGAUACUGCCGAGUUCUUGAGCCAGCUAGAAGGACGACCCAUCACUGAGUUUCUCACGGCUCCUGGAAAUGAAGGCAUUGUUAAAUGCAAUUGGGCCGGACUACCAGGACUGCCCGAUAGUGAAGAGGCACUUCCUUUGCACAGAGCAAAAGGCCACCACGAAAUCAACUUGAAAUACGUUGCUCGUAUUGACAUGGCGUGGAACAAACGAGAAUCACCCUUGACAACGUACAACAAAGUCCUUCGCAGAGCACGCAACGAAGCUCGUCGGUUGACUACUCCAUCUGAAGAUCUCGAAAGAGCAGGAGGGAAGACUUUGGUCAAGUAUGCUUAUCGACAAGGGUUGGAGACCAAGGGUAUGCCUGUGAAUCAUCUCAGAUGUAUCUUCUGCACACAAGAACCCGAGCACGCCACGUUCGAGAGGCUGCAUCUACACUAUCUCACGCGGCACGAUCACUUUCAGUAUGAGAUACGACUUGAAGUAGACCACAAUGGCGAUGAUCUGAGAACUAUCCGCAUCAGUCACGAGGAUGACAGACCCACCACGAACGAAAAAGAGUUUGAAUGGGAGGCUCCGCAUCGCGCCUUUGACAUUUCCGCGCACCUCGAAGGCACCAACUCGUGGACUGUGCGCAACACCAAGAAGACGAAUUCCAAAGGAGCCGGGAAACAUCACAAAGUGCAACCUACGAUUCUUGCGCGACCCAAGAAGAGAGACAUCGCCCCUGAAGAUGUUGAAGAGAUACCGACAUGCAUAAAGAAGAGGCACGUGGUACCGCGAGUUCCAGGCGUAAAGUUCUAUCGGACCAAGUCCAAGCAGUCGGUCAAGCCAGGUACCGAGCUUAGUGACAGUGAAGACGAUGUGGACGAGACCUGGCAGCUGCAGCACCAGCAGAAGCAACGCGCAAGGCUUGGUGCAAGCAAAGUCGCGCAGCAGUUCAACGAGCUGUUUAAUAAGCACCUCGAUGUCGAAGGCCAACCACAGUCUGAUGUACUCGUCCGCGACGCAGUAGUCCGAUUUGUCCGCCAGCACGCGAAACAACUCGCACAGCCAGGGUGGAGAGAAGAAUUUGACAGCAAGUUGAAGCUCCUCCAGCGCGUCAAUAUCGUCGAUGCUGCCACCGUAGAGUACUGUCACGAGGAGCUCUCGGAAUGGGAGCAUGAUCUGGACGGCCGGACACUUAAUUCAGACGAGACUGAGGAUCAACUGCCAAAAGCGCGUGCGCAGACAGCGACGCCUUCAAAGAGGCGCGUCCGUGGCGCAGCAUUAGAAAGCAGCGUAGCAGACCCUAAGGACGUGCAUAUGGAGUCUCCAUCCAACCGAGUCGUUCCAGAGCCGCCGACCGACACUCCUUCGACUAAGAAUCGAAAGAGAUGGGCAGGCGGCCGAAUGAAAUCGACUUCGGCGGAACCACCCGACCCUCAGCCACUUGGCCAGCGCACUUUGAUCGUCAUCAGACAAGAGACAGAACGACAAGCCGAGAAAUCAACCGGCGAACUGCCCAUCACCGACUUCACCAAAGACGGCGACUCGCAAAAGCCAAUCGAUGAGAUCCGGUCGGCAGACCUCGACUAUAAGAAGUUCUUGAGGGUUUUGGACAACGACCUGAUCUACAUCAGGAACGUCGAUAAUAUCGUGUGCAUUAGUAAUGCUACGGUCAGACCAAUUGUUGAUGAGAAUGAUUGGCAUGAGGCGCUGCGGAUGGUACAGGCGGAGAGUACGGGUCCAAUUCAAUUCCAGAUUGGGCCUCUCGAUUUCAUCAUGAACAGUCAAGCGAGGACGCCGAAGAAGGGGACAAGGAAGACUGAGGCGCCGGUGGAGACGGCGAAGCAGAAGGCGUCAAUUGCUGUUACUGCUGCUACGAGCAAGAGGAAGCCUUGUGUUUGUGGCGAGUUUGUCAGCAGUAAGAGGCACACCAUUGGAUGUGGCAACCCGAGGUGUUAUCGCGACUUUCAUAUGGCGUGUGUGCAGCUGCAGAAGCGGUCGAUGGCUUGGUUGUGCAUGGACUGUUCUUCGUGA